CCUGAGAUAAAGAAACUGAUGGGUAUCGAUCCCAACAUGAAGUGGGUGGUGUCCCUCAUGGUUCUAAUUCAGGUGGUGGCCUGCUACCUGGUGAAGGACUUGCCUUGGAAGUGGGUCUUCUUCUGGGCCUAUGCCUUUGGGGGCUGCAUCAACCAUUCAAUGACUUUGGCCAUCCAUGACAUCUCCCACAACGUGGCGUUCGGCAACAAAAUGGCCAAGUGGAACCGGUAUUUUGGCAUGUUUGCCAACCUGCCCAUUGGAUUACCGUACUCCACCUCCUUCAAGAAGUACCAUGUCGACCAUCACCGCUACCUGGCUGGGGACGGAUUGGACGUUGACAUCCCCUCGGAGUUUGAGGGACAUUUCUUCAACUCCCCCGUGCGAAAGGUCAUCUGGCUCAUUUUUCAACCCGUCUUCUACGUCUUCCGGCCCCUGUGCAUCAACCCCAAGCCCUUCUCCCAAAUGGAACUCAUCAACAUUGUGGUUCAGCUGGCCUAUGACCUUCUCAUUUACAACCUCUGGGGUGUCAAGCCGAUAUUCUAUAUGGUUGCCGGAUCCUUCUUGGCCAUGGGGCUUCACCCCUUCUCGGGACACUUCAUUGCUGAACACUACAUGUUUGCCAAAGGUCACGACACUGUGUCCUACUAUGGGCCCUUGAACUGGAUCACUUUCAAUGUGGGCUACCACAUGGAACAUCACGAUUUCCCCAGCAUUCCAGGGAGCAGGCUACCACUGGUGAAGAAGAUUGCCCCUGAAUAUUAUGACAAUCUUCCCUACCACAAUUCCUGGAUCCUCGUCCUUCGGGACUUCAUUUUCAAAGAGGAGAUCGGUCCAUUCGCCCGUGUGAAGCGGACAUACAAGGUGGACAAAUCCUUAUGA